GACAGCUGGCUGUCAGAAAUGAGUUAGCAGCUAGCUACCCCAGUAGAGCGAGCUCUCGCUAUAUUCCGUCUUUUUCGUGUGGCAGAUCAGGGACACCGAAGACCCAGCAGAAGUCCUACGACGGGGGAUCAGUGACAGCCUCCAGCAAACCGAGCCCUCUUUCCUGGCCUGGCCAUGGAUGAGCAGGCAGGGCCCGGCGUCUUUUUCAACAACAAUAAUAACUCCGUAUUGCCAGGCGGUGGGAAAGGACCGCUGCACGAAGGCGACGGGGGAGAGGUGGCCAGGUCUCAAUACAGUAUCCCUGGGAUCUUACACUUCCUGCAGCACGAGUGGGCCCGCUUCGAGGUGGAGAGAGCACAAUGGGAUGUGGAAAAGGCCGAGUUACAGGCUCAGAUCGCCUUCCUGCAGGGCGAACGGCGGGGCCAGGAGAACCUGAAGCAGGACCUGGUGAGGAGGAUCAAGAUGCUGGAGUACGCCCUCAAACAGGACAGAGCAAAGCACCACAAGUUAAAAUAUGGGACAGAACUGAAACAGGGGGACAUGAAGCCCCCCAGCUACGACUCAGACGACGUGAAUGUGAAUGAGAACGAGAGGGAGGGAGAGGGCCCGCAGAACCACCAGUUGUCAUGGAAACACGGGCGACAGCUCCUCCGACAGUACCUACAGGAAGUGGGCUACACAGACACCAUCCUGGAUGUGAAGUCUCAGCGGGUCAGAACCCUCCUGGGCCUGGCCGGAACCGCCGGGGACCCGGAGCCCAUGGUCAACGGCACCGAGCCGGUCCCGAAAGCCUGCGACACCGUCGGGAAGCCGGAGCUGACGGACUCCGACUCUGUGCUGGAGGCCUUCAAAUUCAUCGAGAGCGCCGCGGCCGAGUUCAGCGACGAAGACGAGGACGAAGACGGCGAGGGAAGGGACCGCUGCCUGACGGACACGAUCAAGAGGAAGCCGUCAUCCUCUCCCGCCGCGACGGCCCCGCCCCCCUCCGUCGCCCCGGAGACCAGCGAUGACCCCGACGCGGAGGAGGCCCUGAGGGGCUUCGACUUCCUGUCCGGCGACGACGACGGCAACGGCUCGCCCAAUCGGAGCUCUGGGGACGGUACGGACUGGGAAAAGGACGAGCAGGGCCCCGGGCCGGGGGCCUGGGAUGUGGACCAGGGCAUGAUAACCAAACUGAAGGAGCAGUACAGAAAGGAGCGCAAGGGCAAAAAGGGGGUAAAGAGGCCCAACCGGUCCAAGCUGCAGGACAUGCUGUGCACGCUGCGUGACGCGGAGGACCUGUCCCCCCUACAGCCCCCCAUGACCCCCCCAUCCCGCCCGACCCCCGUCUGGACCAGCGAGCUGGACCCCGGCCGGCCUGACGACGUGGAAGCGCUGACGUUCGCACCCUCGGCGGGGACGCCCUUCGCCCUGGGCGGGGCUGGGGAGGAGGAAGACGAGGGCGAGAUGGGCCUGGGGGAGAUGGGCCUGGGCGAGCUGGCCGGCCUCACCGUGGCCAACGAGGCCGACAGCCUGGCCUACGACGUCUCCAGCCCGGCCGACGGGCUGCAGAAGAGCUGGAGCCCGCGCUUCACGCUGCGGAGCCACUUCGACGCAGUGCGCGGCCUGGCCUUCCACCCGCUGCAGCCGGUCCUGGUGACCGCGUCUGAGGACCGCACGCUCAAGAUGUGGAACCUGCACAAGACCGUGCCCGCCAAGAAGAGCACCGCUCUGGACGUGGAGCCCGUUUACACCUUCAGAGCCCACCGGGGCGCUGUGCUGUGUGUGGUGAUGAGCGCUUCGGGAGAGCAGUGCUUCAGUGGAGGUGUCGAUGGAUCCAUCCAGAGCUGGAACGUCCCUAGCCCCGACAUCGACCCGUACGAUUCCUACGAAUCCUCCGUCCUGCGGGGGGCGCUGUGUGGGCACUCGGACGCUGUGUGGAGCCUGGUGUACAGCGCCCCUCACCAGCGACUGCUCUCUUGCUCCGCUGACGGCACCGUGAGGCUCUGGGAUGCCUCCAACACCGAACCCGCCCUCGCCAUCUUUAACGAGGACCAGGAGCUGGGCACGCCCUCGUCCGUGGCCAUGGUGAGCAGUGACCCCGCCCACAUGGUCACCUCCUUCAGCAGCGGCCGGACGGGCCUCUUCAACAUGGAGACGCGCCAGCUCAUCCUCAGCAUGGAGUCUGCAGCAGAGUCAGGCUCUCUCUGCCAGAUCAACAAAGUGCUGAGUCAUCCCACCCUCCCCAUCACCAUCACAGCACAGGAAGACCGGCACAUCAACUUCUUCGACAACAACACAGGGAAGCUCAUCCACUCCAUGGUGGCACAUUUAGAUGCGGUGACUAGCCUGGCUGUGGACCCCAACGGCCUGUACCUGAUGUCUGGGAGUCAUGACUGCUCGGUGCGUCUGUGGAGCCUGGAGACCAAGACCUGCAUCCAGGAGUUCAGCGCUCACCGUAAGAAGCUGGACGAGUCCAUCCACGACGUGGCCUUCCACCCCACCAAGGCCUACAUCGCCAGCGCCGGGGCCGACGCCCUCGCCAAGGUCUUCGUAUGACAGGGACCGCCCCCGCCGCCGGGGACCAAUCGAGAGGGGCGACCGGGGUCAAGGGCGGGGCCUAGCGGUCAGGUGACGCCCCCCCCCACCCCUGCGAUAGGGCACUGUUUCCCUCGCGGCUCCAUCGCCCAGCUCCGCCGUGGGAGGGGCCAGGAUGACCAGGAGGGCGGGGACAACCAAAACGGGCGGAGUCUCUCCAUUCAGGCGGGGCCUGGGUGUGACUGGGCGUGGCCAAAUGUGUGCUCCAGUGUCAAUCCGGCACAGGCAGGCACCGACUGUUGAUAUUCACUAUUAAUCACGGGGUCUUUCUCUCUCUCUCUCUUAACUGAAGGGUUCCUCAGACUUAGUGUAGGGACGGUGUUGGGGAAGCAGGGAUGGUGUCUAAGAUGGCUGCCUGCUGUGUUCUCUCUCUCUCUCUCUCUCUCUCUCUCUCUCUCGCACGGCGUGGCACCCGAUCGUCCCUCUUCAGUGUGGUUUGAGUUUUCGGAUGAAAGGAGAGAACUGCCCAGGAGCCUCUCCGAUGAGAGCUCCCGUCUCCCCGCCAUCUCCUUAGCUUUCCUGCCCUUUUUUAAACUUUUAAUGAAAAUGUGCCUUCGCUUUGGGCAGGUCUGCAGAACAAUCUUUUACCCGGCUGUUUUUUUAUUUUUUUUAUUUAAGGGGAGCGUUCAGGUACCGUGAAAUGUCAUGUGUUGAAUUGCAAUUGUUUAAAAUACACAAGACUUGGGUGUUAAAUUAAAGUAUUGGCUGAUUUGAGUGUCGGUUAGACUGCAGAACUCAAAGGGUUGAUCUCCGUAUGGAGGGCGUGGCGGAAUGUGGCAGGAAGUGACCUGGCUGCUAGCAGUAUGUCCACUUUGGUUCUGCAGGAAACGGGAAGUGCACACUCAUCUCAGUCGUUACAGUGCGACAGUAUAUAUGGGAAUUUGCAGUUUAGUGGUUCCCUAUUGCAUUGUUGGUAACAAUUUUUCCAGUAUUUAAAUAUUGUAAGUAAGAAAAUGAUUUUCAACAAAAGAAAAGAUUAAAAUACUACUAUUGUCUUUUUCUUGUCCUCAUGAAUGCCCCUGCGUCCCCCAAAAGACAGCCGGAAGACUUGGUCCCCUUUCAUUAGGUUUGCCUGUGUCGUUUGGCCCAAAUGCUGUCAGGCAUUGUCAGACCUGCCUUACAACCCGUUUCGAAUAAUACUAAUUUGUAAUUUAGCUGAUGCCUUUUUCCAAAGCGACAUACAGUUGAUUAGACUAAGCAGGGGACAAUCCCUCCUGGAGCAAUGCAGGGUUAAGGGCCUUGCUCAAGGGCCCAGCAGCUGUGUGGAUCUUAUGGUGUCUACAUCGGGGCUUGAACCAGUUCAAUGGCUUGAAUCAGCCUUCUGAGCCCCAGUCAUGGACCUUAGCCACUAGGCUACAGGCUUCCCAUUUAGAGGCUUUCCGACCGCCAUUCCCAGAAUUCCUACAGGAAGUGCAUUUUGUCACAGGUGAAGUGCAUCAACACUAAUUACUGCUGCUCUUGCCAUCAUAUGCUGGGGCCUUGGACUCUGUUCAUGAAGCCAGGCCAAGUAUGUAAAUACUGCAAUAAUAUUACAGCUCACAGGUCGGAACGUGAACUCGAGUCAGGGUGCGGUUGUCGAACGUUCAGCUCAUUCCAGUAUCCGGGUGAAUUAGAAUUCUUUCUUUUUGAAUAAAGAAUUCCUCAAAUGAACAUGCAUCAUGUCUGCUCUAGUUUCACAAAAGUACCCAUUGUAAUGUACACUGUGCUUACUUGUACUGUACUUGUGGUAAGAAAUUGUAUAAAGCCAGUUUCUCAUGUCCCUAGACAAACUGCACCAGAGCUGGUUUGCAGUCGCAAAUUGUGUGUCCCUUGCUUCUUGGUUAAGCCAAAUAGAUUGACUCUGACGAAAGCUCAUAGCAUAGUGUCUUAAGGCUGCUCCACACCAAGAACGAUGACUACAACGAUAACUAUAAUAGUAACUAAAAAUACUGUUGCUCUAAAAAUGUAUAUAACUCAAGUGGACGGCAGAGUCCACAUUACAGUUAUAACAACGACAGUGACAAACGGUCGUUGGGAUAACGUUAAAUGAUAAAACACUGACAGCCAAACAAAAUCUAUCCAAAUUGACAGGGCUUCAUGUGCAAAAUGACAUGGCCAAGACACUGUUUACUGAACGUUAUGGUUCAGCAGUGUGGAUGCUCACAUCGUUAUCGUUAUUGUUAUAGUUGUAGUUUUUUGGUGUGGAUGUACCUUUAAUGUGUGAUAGAAGAACAAAAGCUGUGUCCCUUGUGGUGAAUGAUAGCACUCAAAGGACACCGUUUGAUGAAUCUCCUACGAUGGCGGGCGGAUCGGAUAAAAACUUUUCCACAGCGUAUUGCACUGUACCCUCUAAUCAGAGUGCUGUGUAUUUAUUGUGCCAUUUUGAAAUCGGUUGAAUAUAUGCAACGAUUAGCUGCAUGUAACUUUUGUACUUUGUGUUUUCCUUUGCUUAUCUAAACAUACAGGCAGUACGGCCUAUUGAUAUUAAUUGCUGCUUGUCUGGUUUGUUCUGGGAAAUAUAAAAAACGGAAAUAUUGGAUUCCAUUGUUGUCCCCCUGUGUGACUAUAGCAUCCUUGGUGGUGUGGUCUAGAGACACAAUCUCAGAGUUGUCCCUCAGAGGAAUUCAAAGCACAUGUAGCAAUGUUCCUGUAAAUGUUGCUCUGUAUGUAAAAAUCUGAAACUGAUUCUUUUUUUCUGUGAUUACUUGAAUCUCAAUAAUUAAAUCUUUGGGAUACCA